AGACGCCUCCUUUGACUUCUGCUUGAUCUGGAUCUCCGGUUAACCUCUUUGUCUUUAUUAUUAGGGUUCCUUCCAUCUCUUUGUUUUCAUUUUAAUGUUUGAAUCUACCUCAACGACAUCUACCUCGUUCAUUUACCUAAUAUAGUUCUAGAAGUUGCAUGUAAUCUCUGCUAUGCAGGAAUGUUUGGAUCCUAGUUGUGAUUGAGGUUUACAUACUUCUUAUAUCCAGUUAUUUUAUGGUUUGUUUGUCUUUUCAUCCACAGAAUUGCAAGACCAGGUGCUGCGUGUUUUCAAGGCAGACCAACAAAGUCGUUACUUCCUGAUCAAUAGGGACACCACAGCAAGAGAGGCAGCCAAUCAGGUGAUGCGAGAGUUUGGCUUGACGGCAAGUCCUGAAGCCUAUUCGCUCUGUGAGGUGUCAGUCACACAGGAGGGAGUUAUUAAACAGAGACGGCUACCUGAUCAGCUCUCUAAACUGGCCGACAGGAUACAGCUGAGUGCCAGGUACUAUCUGAAGAGCAACAUGGAGACCGAGGCGCUGUGUUCAGAUGUGGAGGCCCAGGAGAUGCAGCGGGAGUCUGUGGUCCCUUUGUUGUCCUUGAGCUCCAUGGAGAUAGCCAAUCAGCUGUCAGCACGCAACUAUCUGCUCUUCUCCGGCAUUGAACCGACGGAUUACAUCACUGACCUCUUCAAGCUCCACCCACAAGAGCCUCCCUCCAACCUGCGCAACUUUGAGGAUCUUGUAAACCAGGAGACCUUCUGGGUCGCCACAGAGAUAGUACAGGAAACCAACCUGGCCAAAAGAGUGAAGAUCAUCAAGCACUUUAUAAAGAUUGCCCUUCACUGCC